AUGAAAGAUUUUUUAAAGAAAGGCAAGAAAACUAUCAAAGUGGACAUGUCCGAAUUGAAAUGCAAAAUUUGUAGCGAUUCAUUCUCGAAUUUGGACGACGUUAGGAAACAUCUAAGCUGUGUUCACGACAAAGAGUUUACGGAAGCGGGAAACGGUAUUAUCGCGUUCAGUUUACAAACGAAGAAUGGUGUCUUUUCAUGUCACUUGUGUGCAGAGAAUUUCCAUAGCUUUUUUCUUCUGAAUAAACACAUCAAUGUGCAUUACAGUAACGCAAUAUGCGAGUCGUGUGGCAAAGGAUUCGUGUCACAUACGAGAUUACUACAGCACAAGGAGAUCCACCUCACGGGACAGUACCCUUGUGACAAAUGCAAAAAGAUGUUCACAAGUUUGCCCAAAUACAAGUAUCAUAAUGAUAGGAUUCACAGAAACUCGACAAAGGUAAAGCCGUCGAAGUGCCAGGUCUGCGAAGCGAGAUUCGAUCAUCACUACGAAAAAAUUAAACACUUGAAGGACUCGCACGGCAUGAUGUACAAUUAUCCCUGUGAGACUUGUAGCGUCGUGUUUGAAACGCGUAAAUCGUUGUACUUUCACACUAAGAAAUAUCAUACGCAGAAUAUUCUAUGCGAAGUCUGCAAUAAACCGUUCGCUGAACGCAACCAUUUGAAAAAGCACAUGGCAAUGCAUACAAAGGCUAGAAACUUUGCGUGUUCUUUGUGCAGCAAGACUUAUAGAUACGAGAAAAACUUGAAGGACCACAUGAGAGUGCAUAAUCCUGAUUGGAAAUUCGCUUGCUCGAACUGUUGGGUCGGAUUUCAGAGGGCCACAUUGGUAAUACGACGUAGUGACAUUGAGCCAAAAGCGAAAAUAGUUCUCGUCCACCAAACGCCACAACGACGAAACGCCGAACUGAUACUCAAGCAUUCCACAGCGUACCCUUUUAAGACACGUUUUAGUCAAAUACUCUGCGCAUACUGUCACACUGAAUACGAAUUUUUGCCCCAAUUGAAGAUCCAUAUGGAGAAUGACCACGCGAAUGCAGAUUUCGGAAAGGUUUUCUGUAGAAUGAAAGGUAAUUUAAUAAAAGUUGACAUCAGCGAUCUAGAGUGUAAGAUUUGUUGCCGAAGUAUCCGAGAUGUGGAUACAUUGAUGCGCCAUUUUGCGCAGGACCACGACAUGCCGGUGAAAUUCAACGCGUGCUACGGCGUUCUACCUUACAAGUUAUCAAACGACAGUAAAUGGAUAUGCGUUUUCUGUGACAAAACCUAUGCGGCUUUUAUAGACUUUAAGCGGCACAUUACAACGCAUUUUAUGAAUUAUAACUGCGACAAAUGCGGCACUACUUUCAUCUCGUGUCACGCUCUACGAGAACACCAACGGCAGGUGAAAUGUCACCGCAUCGCGUACAAGCCACGCAAUGGACGCGCGAUGAGACCUCGAAGCAACGCAGAGAUCAUCCUACAGUGUUCGUCGGCUUACCCGUUCAGAACGUGGAUGAGCAAUUUGAACUGUGUUUUCUGCAGGGUCAAGACUAGAGAUCCGGUCGUCUUCCGUAACCAUAUGGCGUCGCAGCACGAGUCUUACGACGUGCAAGCCGCAUUCUACAAAAAACUUGGCAAAGCCUUUUUAAAUGUUGACAUAACGAAUCUACAAUGCAAGCUAUGUUUUAUGUCCAUUGACAACUUUGAAGACUUGAUCGGGCAUUUGAAGAAUGACCACCAACAACCGAUCAGGUCGGACGCACAGUUUGGCGUGUUGCCAUUCAAGCUGAACGAUGGUUCGGCUUGGAAGUGUGCGAUGUGUACCAACCAAUUCAAGGAUUUUAUGUCACUGAAGAAGCACACGCAAAGUCACUUCCAGAAUUACGUUUGCGACACAUGUGGUGAGGGCUUCAUCACGGAGUCCGCUAUGAUAGCGCACACUAAGAUACCCCACGAAAAUAGGUAUAAUUGUGGUCGGUGUAUCGCCACCUUCUCCACUCUGGACGAGAGGAACUCCCACGUUAAAACUCAGCACACGUCAACCCGUUACGUAUGCGUCUACUGCAUAGACAAGCCACGUUUCGCGACCUGGGAAAUUAGGAAAAAGCAUUUGCUUGAAGUUCACAACUAUGGUACGGGCGGCGACAGUUACGAAUGUACCAUUUGUCAGAAGUCGUUCAAGUCUCGCUCCGGGAAGUACAAUCACAUGGCGCGGAUUCACCGCGUCAUCAAGGAUUCCGAAUUGAGUUACACGUGCGGGAGUUGUUCUAGAGCGUUCACCAGCCAGUUGUUUUUGGAUAAACACAUCGCGAAGAAACAUAUCGACUCAUAA